GUCAGCCUGAUUGUACCGUCAUCCGCACACAACCUGGAUUUUAGUUUUUAGUUUCUGAAUUACAUCAAGUCGCGAUGCCGGCCACUGCGGGAAGGGUUCGUAUGCCACCAAACAACCGGGUGCACAGUAGCGCAGCCCUGCAAACUCACGGUAUCUGGCAGAGCGCGAUUGGAUACGAUCCGUACGCCCCGAAAAAUAAAUAUGGUAAUCGGAAAUCAUCAUCGACUGUUAAACCUAACUCUUCUGCUAAGCCCGAAGCUGAUAACGCUUACGCUAGCUUCCAGGAGUUGAUGGCUUUAGCUAAGAUAACCAAUUUGAACUCUGACAAAUUCCGAGGCGCAUGUCAGAAGUGCGGCUGGGUUGGGCAUUUACAGAAAGAGUGCAGGAAUUUCUUGAGUUGUAAGUAUACUGCUAUGAAAAAAGACGUUGACUUGAUGCGUCAGGAGGAGGGGGUUUUAGAGAAAUUGAAGGUGGGGGAAGUGAAAAGAGGGGAGGAUGAAAGUAGUGAUGAUGAUGAGGAAGAAGAAGAUAGUGUUAGUUUGGAUUCUGAGUAUGAUUCAGAAAUAGAGAGAAUUAUCGCAGAACGAGCAAAGAAGUCCAGUGGAAACUCCAAAGUCAGAUCAAGCAGGAGGAGGGAGGAUGGUGAGUAUGAGGAGAAAAGGGGAAUGUCGAAGAAGAGUAGUUGGAAGGGAGGGAACAGUGACUCUGAGGAUGAAGCAAGGAAGGAGAAGCGGGGAAGGAGGGAUGACAAGGAGGAGUCCUUGGAGGAGGAUGAACAGAGGAGGAUGAAAAGGAAGAAUAGGAAGGAGAGGAAUAGUCACAAAUAUUCAUCUUCUGUUGAUGAUUCCACAGAUUCUUUGCCUGGGGGCAGACGGUACAAGAGGAGGAGCCUUAAGUCUGCUUCUUCUUCUGAUUUUGAUGCCUGAUUGAUCCCUGGGUUACCAGGAACAAGAAGAGACCGAGAAGAAGAGCCGCCACAUAGAUGAGGACUACUGGUUGAUAUGCAGCGACUCCAGUGAUGGUCAGAUAGAGA